AUGGGUGAUAUAAUUGUAACUAAAGAAAAACAAACACACCAAGAUGUUUAUAAGAUUGAUCUUUCAAAUCAACAAGAAUAUCAUAAGCAUAAUGUAGUAGUACAUAGAUUAGCAGAUUUAUUAUCAGAUAAUCAAAGUAGGAGGCAAAACCAACAAGCAAAUAAUUUAUUACCAAGAGAUACUGAAGAUAAUAAUAUGUUACUUGAAGAUUUACUUAUGCAUAAUUCUUUUUUAGAAGAUUUGGCUAUUAAAGUCUUAAGAAACCUUCAAGAUUUUA